GGCUUUGACUCUACAAAAGAUGAAAUUUUCAAAAGGAGCAGACCAAAAGGAGGCUUUUCCCCGAAGGCGAAAGAAGUGAUCACAAACAUCACCAAGCUCAAAGACUUUCUGCUACAACACAGGAAAGAUUAUGUGAGCGCCGGAAGGUAAGCCUCUCCAAACAGUGGCAGUAAUCCUCCGUAGUCAACAAAAAGCAGACGCGAAACCCUUCAAGGCUGCAGGGUAGAGACAACACUUUGAUUCUGACAAAACUCACAGAAGGACAUGAGUCAGGGCUUCUUCAACGUCCACUCGGAUACGUCUGCAGUAUGUGCUGCAGGGCCUGUGUACUGGCACGGGGUCAGCAGCGAGUAGGGUGGUCCGCAGCGGCAGGCUCCAGUCUAAUUGUCUGGAAUAAUUGAGCUGCAACCAAGUGAAGAACAAAUCACGCCCUGGGACUAAUCCAGGCCUUCCUCCCACUGUGUUUGUCUCAUCUCAUCAGAUCUUACUCGUAUGACAGACAACGAGCGAGACCAGAUUGACCAGGAUGCUCAGAUCUUCAUGAGGACAUGUUCUGAGGCUAUCAAGCAGCUACGCAGUGAAGCAGAGAAGCAGGUGACAUCACUACAGGUGAAGGAGCACAGGGGAGCUGUGCUGGACCUCAUAGAAAUGUACCUGAAAGGAGUGUGUAAGCUGUACUCAGAGCAGAGAGCAAUAAGAGUCAAGAGGAUGGUGGACAAGAAGAGACUGUCCAGACUGGCACCAGAGCACCACAGUCGGGUGGAAAAAACACCAGAGGUGGAACCUACAGAGGAGAAGAUAGUCAAGGAGGAAAGUUCUGAGAAGAGUUUAUCGGAGGUCAUGGACAACCCAGUCAACCUGUGGGAGGAAGGCCGAGUAGAGGACGAGCUUUCUCCUGAGGAGAUCCAGAUGUUUGAACAGGAGAACCAGAGGCUGGUGAGUGAGAUGAACAGCCUGGUGGAUGAGGUCAGGCAAAUUGAAGGUAAAGUAGUAGAGAUCUCUCGACUACAGGAGAUAUUUGCUGAGAAAGUCCUGCAACAGGAAACGGAGAUAGACAAUAUUCAUCAGCUAGUGGUCGGGGCUACAGAAAAUGUCAAAGAAGGCAACGAGGAUAUACGAGAGGCAAUCAAAAACAACGCUGGCUUCCGGGUUUGGAUCCUGUUCUUUCUUGUCAUGUGCUCUUUCUCCCUUCUCUUCCUGGACUGGUACGACAGCUAACACAGCUAGCAGCAUGGACUUUAUACAACAGGAAUGUUUGACUCCGGCACAUAAAGAAGCAAAGGACAAUACUAAGACUGAGAGUACACCAUACAAAGACACAAAGGUGUUCCUCAUGACAAUCCUGCAUUCAAGUGGAAACUGGCUGGUCGUUCUUUCCCUGAUGCUUACUGUCUGUCUUCAGAGUUUGAAGCACUUCUGUAAAGGCAAGCUUUGUAUUGAGCAGAGUCCACUUUAAAUGUGUGUAUGUUGGGUUGUCUGUCUUCCUGUACCACUUAAAGCAGUGAAUUAUACUUGUGUAACAGACAGAAAACAACAAAAAUAGCUUCUGUUGAUCCUUUUUGAAAUUACCCAGAGGAAAAACUUCUCUGCAGACUGACAUUUCAUUUCAUCAACUUUCUUACUAUUAAAUUAGAUUGUUAUACUUUGGCCCUAAGUGAUAUUCAGCUCACUUCACUGUGGAAAUACUGAGUUUUUUUUUUGUUAUUGCUUUUGCAGCCGAACCAUUAAUUUUGCAUGAAUUAAAGGGGACAUAUUUUGCUCUUUUAAGAGAAGUUUAUAUUGGUCUCAGACAUCCCCAAAACAUGCCUGUGAAGUUUUGUGAUGUAAAAACACUUGUACAGGAUUUUUGCAUGUCUAAAAACCUCUCUGUUUCAACCCCUCUCAGAACGAGCCUUUCUGUGUCAUUAAAUGGUAAUUAGCUUUCUGACUCCGCCCCUGACCACACCCCUAUCAGGAAAUAGAUGUGGCACUCCUGAUGACACACUGAGAUAUCCAGCAUUUCAGCUGUCAGAAGAGAGGAAGAUCAGGAGAGGAGUGUGGACCUUUCUUCUAAGUGGGGAGGGCCAACCCAACCUGGGGGUGGGUGCUUAUUCCCCAUGUGACAUCAUGAGGGUAAAAUCUUAGAACAGCUUGUUUC